CGUGACGUCAUCCGCGCGCGACCAGGGAGCACGUGACGUCCUGUUGUGGUUCCUCUUCUCCGCUCGGGCGCAGCAGGAUGGACCGCAGCCGCCUCCUCUUCGUCUUAAACACUUUGCUGCUCCACACCUGCUCCGCCUCGCCGCCGAACUUCGUGCUCCUUUUCGCGGAUGACUUGGGGUUCGGGGACCUGGGCUGUUACGGACACCCCAGCUCACUCACCCCGAACCUGGACCGCCUGGCAGAGGACGGACUCAGGUUCACUGACUUCUACUGCACCAGCCCGGUCUGCAGCCCGUCCAGGGCGUCGUUGUUGACGGGGCGCUAUCAGACCCGCUCAGGUGUCUACCCGGGUGUGUUGUACCCAGGCUCUAAGGGCGGCCUUCCUCUGAAUGAGACCACCAUAGCUGAAGUGUUGAAACCUCUGGGCUACGCCACCGCCGCCGUGGGCAAGUGGCACUUGGGAGUUGGAGCAAAUGGGACGUUUCUCCCAACCAAGCAGGGGUUCGACCAGUACCUGGGCAUCCCCUACUCCCACGACAUGGGCCCCUGUCACAACCUGACUUGUUUCCCUCCAGACGUCAAGUGUUUUGGAAAUUGCGACGUCGGCGUUGUGACCGUUCCCCUCAUGCACAACGAGGUCAUCAAGCAGCAGCCCGUCAACUUCCUCGAUCUGGAGAGGGCGUACAGCGACUUCGCGACCGAUUUCAUCACCGCGUCAGCCGAGAAAAAACAGCCUUUCUUCCUCUACUACCCCUCCCAUCACACCCACUACCCGCAGUAUGCAGGUCCAGGGGCAGCGGGGCGAACAUUAAGGGGCCCGUUUGGAGAUGCUCUGUUGGAGUUAGACAACACAAUCGGACAGCUGAUGAUAACUCUGGAGAAAACAGGCGUGAUCGGCAACACACUCGUCUUCUUCACUUCAGACAACGGGCCUGAACUGAUGCGUAUGUCCCGCGGAGGUAACGCCGGCCCUAUGAGAUGUGGAAAAGGCACCACAUAUGAGGGGGGCAUGAGAGAGCCAGCUAUCGCCUACUGGAAAGGAACAAUCAGGCCAGGUGUGACUCAUGAGAUGGCCAGCACUCUAGAUAUCCUCCCAACCAUCGCAAGUCUGGCAGGAGCCAAACUCCCCCCGGUGGUGCUGGACGGGGUCGAUAUGACAGACAUCCUUUUCUACCACGGACAGAGUAAAAGGGAGACGAUGAUGUUCUACCCCACAGAUCCCAGUGAGAUGUUCGGCCUGUUUGCUCUCAGGUUAGGGAAGUACAAGGCCCACUUCUAUACACGAGGUGCGAGCCACAGCGGUACUAUCCCAGACCCGGACUGCUCACCAAUUGCAGCCCUCAAAGCCCACGACCCCCCUCUUCUUUUUGACCUGGAGGCCGACCCCUCGGAGCACUACCCCCUGCCAUCUGAGGGAGACCCUGACCUUGAAGCCGUGUUGCAGAGAAUCAAGAAAAUCAAGGAGCAGUUUGAAUCCUCCAUGGUGUUCGGAGAGAGCCAGAUAUCAAAAGGGACGGACCGGGACCUGGAGCCCUGCUGCAAUCCCACGUGUAGCCCUAAACCCAGCUGCUGCCACUGCUGAGGGGACGGAUCCUUAAACUCCUGCUGCUGCGACAGCAGCGAGGGGAAGGCUGCACUGAUUCUGCCUCAAGAUUGCACUUAAUGUGAUGACGCACCGCUACUUUUAUCACUGUUCAUACUGAAAAGUAAUACAGCAAACAAUCCUGUUUCCUCAAUGAGGAGAUGAUUUUUAAUGUUAAUACAGCUACAACUGAAGUGUAAUGGUGUACUGUACAUUUCCUGACUUCUAUUUUAAUAUGUUUUUAUUAUAUUACUAAAGAUUUUGAAUAAU